CUCUGCACCGCGCCACACAUCCGGUGGUUUCACAUACACACACACAUACACAUACACAAAUGGCUCUGCGUCUCUUUCUCACCCACCCACACACACACACACAUCAUGAGCACCACCGAGUAGAGCAGAGCAACAGCAGGCAGGCCUCUCUUGCACCAAACCAACAACAGAGCAGAGCAGCGCACCGACAGACGCCAGCAAGUGAAAAAGACACACACGUGCUGGCCUUAUCUAAGGUAGAUGUCGGCCGUCGACAAGGGUGGCAGAUUCGGUGGCCUUCCCACGCCCCUCUCUGCACCACACACAUGCAUGGCACAACCCACCCAUAAUGAAAAAUGCCGCCAUACACGUGUUUCUUGCCUUGAUACAUACCAUGUGGCGUAGGCGUCUCUCUCUUGCUGGUUGGUUCAUUCCUGCCCGACACUUGGCGCCUGGGUGCCAGUGGCUGCUGCCGCGGAUUGGGAGGGGUGAGGGGGAGGGGCUCCAUCGGCUGGGGCGACUGGGCCACCCUGCCUGUGUACACCUGCACGCACACACACAGAGAGAGAGAGAUAGCUAAUGCCGGUCAGGCAUUCUAUUCUCGCACUUUGCUGAAGACUCACUCGUUCGACCUUCAUCCUGUCUCUGCUGUUCCGCCGCCUUGGCUGCUUGCUGCCAAGCCCGUUUGCAUUCGCCAGCUGGCCCUGCUGCUGGUUGGGCCGCAAGUAUGGCAGAUAGGCCUUUCUGCACACACAGAGCCAAAUGAAUGAAUGCAGUGUGGUCGAUAAACAAAUCGACAUAGGUCACUUACUGCAUCGGCUUGUUCCGAUUGGCCCUCUGAUCCCUCCCGACGGGCGGCUGGGACAGCGCGCGAUGACCCCCGCCUCCCCUGUCCCCCAAGCUGUCAUUGCUGUGCGUCCUCGACUGAGCACCCGACUGCUGUCUCGACACAUUUCUGCUCCCCACACCGUUAGGCUGUUGCAGCCUCUGCUGGUUGCUACCAGGGGCUGCAGGCGGCCGUCUUCUAAAGCGCUCUGGUGACCCGUCGAAAGCUAUACGCGGGCGGGGGCUUGAGUGGGGUGAGGAGAGCAGCCCGGCAUUGGUGGGGCGGUCGGAGACAGACAGGGGGUAGGGGCGGGGGCGGCCGCAGCGGUCUGCAUGAACGUCGCGGAGAGGGGCCUGAGGAGCACCACACAGAGAAGGCGAGACGUCCAGAUGUCUUUCUCUUUGCGUGCGUGUCUCCGUCUCUCACCCACCGGUGAGGGCGUGAUGGACCGCUCAUCGCCAGAGCAGACAGACUGGUCGGUCUGUCGCCUGACGGGCCCCCUGGUGGUCCGAUCGUCCUCCACAGACACGCUCGCGGUGCUCUCAUCAUGCUGCUGCUGUUGCUGCUGCUGCUGCACGGGGGGCUGCCGCCGCGCACCCGGGGGCUCCGAGUGCGCCAGCUUGGAGUGACUAGCGAUUCGCUGAAGACCCUUGAUCUUACGAGGAUCCGGCACUGGCACCUCCUUCAACUGAGACGCAGACACAGAGCCAUUAAUUAAUGCACAGAGAUCGAUGGAUGUGUCUGGAUGAAUGGCAUGGCCAUUCUCACCUCUGAGUUGAGGUAUGCCUCGCUCGGGUUUCGCUCCAUAGUGGUCUUGGCUUCACGAUUGCCGGGCGCCUGGCUGACCAGCCCCCGGGGGCUGGGCCGCUUGCGAGUGCGCGGAGACGGGACGCCUGUCGUCCACUCGGCGGUGGUCUUGCAGGGCAGGUACGAUGGCGGCUUGGACGCCUCCAGCUUCUGCAGCUGCUCCGAGGACAAGAGGGCCUCUCUCUCCUUGAUCAUGUUGUCCCGCAGGCGGAUUUGCAGACGAAGAUUCUCGAUCUCCAGGUCCCUUUGCUCGAGCACGGAAGCGUUCAUGUUGUUGAUCUCCUGCAGCUCGAUGUUGCCCAGCUCCACCACAUGGGCGCGGAAUAGCAGCUGGAGGAAGGCGCGCAUGUCGUCGUUCUUGACACGGCGCGGCAGCUCGUUCUGCAGCUUCUGCAGCUGCGCGUAGUUCUGCCUGAGCCGGUCCUCGACCUCGGCCUUCUUCUGCUGAUUGCUGGCGAGGUUCUGGUUGACGUGCCUCAUCCGGUCGGUGAUCUGUUUGAUCUCCUUGGGCGUCUCGUCACCCGCACCGUCUCUUUUGGCCUCCCACCGGGAUAUGGCCACCUGCGCGCGGCUCUUCUCGAUCUUGUUCUCGGUGAGCAGCCUGUCCAGGUCUAUGAGGUUCCGUUUGAGCUGCAGCUUCUCCUCGAAGUGCUGCAUGAUCUCCUGCCGCCACAUCUCGGACUCAACCUGCUCCAUCCGCUCGUCAUGCGCACCAGCGCCGAUGGGGCCGUCCAGGGCAAACGAAUGAGGCUGCUGACGUGGCACAUAAGGGAAAAGGGCGACAUCGGUCGGUCAUCCUUCAUCUCAUCUGUGUGUGGUUAGCGAUCUUACGUUUUCCCUCUGUGAGCUGAGUUUGGCCUUUAGCUCGGUGAUCUCUGUGCGCAGCUCCUCAAUGAUCUUCUGGUACUUGGCAACGUGGAAGUCGACCUUCAGCACAUUGCGCGUCACCUUUGUCUUGAUAUUCUUCGCUCUGAUAGAUAGAUGGACGAGACACAGACAGACAGACGGACACACAGGUGGACGGAGGCCUGAGUGAGUCGAGUCGCCAGCGCCAGUCGAGCUCGGCUUGCCUGUUGGCGUAUUUGAGCGUGUUGUGUGUGUCCUCAAACUGGAUAUGGCUGGGGCUGAUGUUUGCUAUCAUCACCGUCCGGCAGUUGCCGCCGAGGGAGUCUUUCAGCAAUCUUGUGAGUUUGCUGUCCCGGUAGGGGAUGAAUGUCCCCUUGCCGUGCUUGGACCGGUCCGCCAGGGCGUUGAUGACGUUACCAAGCGCCAGCAGAGAGCGGUUGAUGUUGGCCCCCUCGAUCAUUCGGAUGCCGCGAUUGUUGGUCUGAGAGGCUCGUUCGCUGCCCGCCAGGUCUAUCAUGCUCAGCUUGCCAACAUGGAACCUGCAAAAGGCACCCAAAGCCGAUACAUACAGCACACUCAAUGCUCGUUGUGCCAUCCAUGCUCACUUGGCCUGCACGCCUUGGCCCUUCUCCUUCUCUUGCACUGUCACUUGCAGCACUGCAUGUGACCGGGAACUGGUCUGGUUGGCGUCAGUGGGCUCCUGCGUCCGAUUGCGAUUGCCCGCCAACAAGAGGUCCAUGACCUCGGCUGCACUGUCAGCGCUGAACUCGGAAAUGCCUGCGACAGUGAUGCCCUUGACGGGGUCCUCUCGCACAUCGAGGUAGUCGGAUGACGGCUGCAGGAGGUCUCGGAUGUUCUCGUUGUAUAUCUCAAGGAAGCUGCACUUGACCUCGAAGCCACGCUCGUCGGUCUGUGAGUCCAUCUGGGAGAAGAGGUCCUGCAGCGUCAUGUACAUGAUGCCCGGCUCCUUGUAAGAUCCCAGCAUCGUGAAGGUCUUGCCAGCACCUGCAAAUAAAUGACUCCCCAUGACGUACGUAUACAGUGGUGCGGGCGGCACUGCCUGUCUCCGUGUCUCUGUCGGUCUACGUACCUGUUGCCCCAUAAGCGAAGACAGUUGCGUUGAAUCCCUGCAGGACUCCGCUGAUGAGGAAGUUGGUCGUGUUGUUGUACACUGUCCGCUGCGGAGUCGUCUCGUCAAAGACAUGAUCAAACGCAUACCUACGCAGCCACCGACACACAAAAAGAUAGACAAACAUCAAUCACAUUGAUGGAAUGACCGCCUUCUUGAUUGUCUCCUCACCGUUUCUCCUUGGACCGGUUUUGCCUCAGCGCGUCGAGCACCGGCUGUCCGUGCUGAUCUAUCUGCCCUUGUGAAGGGUCGAUGAGUAUCACCACUUUCCCGUCAAUGAUCCGCACCGCAUGCUUCACGCCCUCCCUCACCUCCCGUGGCUGCAGCGGCCGGCACCGAACAGCCACCAGCACGUUUGACUGACCCUUGCCCAGCUCGUCAACGUACUCAUCUGCACCAAUAUACCCAACAGUGAAGCAAAGCACAAAUGAUACUGACAGCGAGACGCUCAGUGAGCCUUGUUGGUCGUCUCACCUGUUUCAAUAUCGCCGCUGGCCCCGUCAGGCUGCCAUUCUCCGUGCUCGUCCGGUAAGGGACUGUCAUUGCGAGGCUGCGAGUCGCUGCUACAUGGCCGCUGCAGCAUGGGAGAGGCGCCCUGCGGCAGCGCCUUGCCCUGCUUGGACUUGCUCUUCCACGGGACCUUCCUCCUCUCUUCGGUGUCCGGGUCACUCACCAU